AGCAUUGGAGAACUUAUAAUAUUAUUUUAAAGAAAUGAAAAGUAUUUUAGUCAUAGCUUUAUGCUUCAUCUAUGCUGCCACUGCACUAGAAAGUACCGAGAGUCAACAAUCCUUGCAAGUCUUCCCUCCAUUUGGAUUCUGUACUGUUAGGGAUAUGACAAUGGGCUUCUUUACUGGGACUGAGAAGGACCCAGUUCACCCUAAUUCAAGAUGAGUUCAGUUUUUCCCAAGGCUUGAGGAGCAAUUUAAUAUGUUUGUUGGAGGAGUUAAUGAGACUCUGCUCAUUCCAACUAAUUUUGUCAGGUGGAUCAAUACUGGUGUUGUUCUUAUCAAUCAAUAUGCUGCCUGGCAAAAUUAUUGCACCUUUGCAACUGUAUUAACCAGACUUGAUAAUGCUGUUGAAACAAUGGAAGGAUUAGCUACACUGGUAUUCAGAGUAAUGAAUAAUUACCCUAAGCUCUUUAUUUUGUUCGCCGAUAUCACUACAGGCUUUACCAACGAGAACUGUGUCCAGAUGUCAAAAGCUGCUGGAGGAGCAUUCUCUGUUAUCUUCGACUUCAAUGUACCUGAGGAUGUAGUUUAGCUAUUGUGUAAAAUUCAAUAACUUACGUAA